UCCUCUCCCUCCCUCCUGCGUUCAUCUCUCCCUCCUGUGUUCAUCUCUCCAGCUUUCAGGGGUGACAGUCACUGUUGGUCUUCUCCUUGUUGGGGCAGCCUCAUCUCUCCUGAAGGAUGUCGGGCCCUCUGACUAACAGCUCCAGCUUUUGCUCUGUGUUCUUCCUGCUGUCUCUCUCCAUGGUCUUCCUCCUCCCGCCGCUGCGGCUGGACGCUAAGCCAUUGUCUGCUGCCCGUGGCGUGGAGGGACGAGGUCUGGACGCCACAGGAGGCGGGGUUAGGCGCCUCCGCAGAGACCUCCGCGAUUCGCUGCCGUACGAGGCCGGGAUGACGGCAUACCCCGGUGAGUCGGCUGACGUCCUGACCCGGCGGGGGGACAACAAGCUGCUCUAUAAACCAGAGGAGUGGAGGGGGCAGGGCUUAGGACAGGCUCUGCAGCAAUUGGUGGAGAAUGACCAGAGGCGGGAGCAAGAAACGGCAUACUUGGCCGGGUUGCUCCGCCUCCUCAGUGAAGCCGAUGUCCAGGAGGGCGGUGAGGAGAUCCAGGGGCCAGGGGACUUCCAGGCGCCCUAUCCCCCAGACUACGAUGAGACAGAGCAGGGGAUGAGAAUGAGAAUGCCCCAGACUGCAGCUCCAUGGCAGGGCCUACUGGACCCACAGCUCACCCAGGCCCUGCUCAACAGAUACAGGCAGGAGAGGCUGCAGCAGCAGCAGGCUGGGUUACCAGGUCUACCGACCGCCAUCAACAGGCUUGCAAACAGCAGGUUGGAAACAGGCAGCCAGGACCGAGACGAGGAGGCUCUGAGAUACCUGGUAGCCAAGGUCCUUUCCAACAUCAGUCCCACCAAGCCCCAGGGUUCAUCAGGCCGCAGGGCAAGGAGAGACCUGGUGUCUGCGUCUGGAGAUGGUGGAAGGGUCAGAGCUUCCUCCAGCCCAGUCCUCCACAGGUCCCGUCGUUCCCUCGACUCCCCUCCUUCCCCCUCCUUAAACCGGGAGCACUCUGUGGGGCUGCUGAGGGUCAAGAGGCUGGGGGACAUGGAAGGGAUGGUGGUAGAGGGGCCUUGUGGGCCUGGGGAAGAGGUGGAGGGCCACAGAACCCCCGACCACAUGGUGGAGCUUCAGAGAAUGAAGAAGAUUGACAACGAACUGCAGCCCCAGCCUGGUGGGAGACCCAGCCGCAGGAGACGAGCCCUGAACUACGACCCCAUAACCUAUGACCCCGAGCUGCUGGUCCAACACAUUCUACACUACCUGCCACAGUAGAGAGGGAGAGUUGGAGAGGGAGACAGAUGGAGAGACAGAGAUGGAGAGAUA